UAGCAAUUUUCCAAACACAAGAGUCACCUUGACAUGAUAGUUUUGAAUGAUUCUCACGAUGGAUAUUCUGUUUGUACUGAUCACUGUCAAUUUAACCACCGAGUGCAAGAAGAAACGUUAACAAGACCAGUUCUAAUACAAUCAAAAAAAUCACUUGUCAUCCCAAUCAUGUUGAUCCUCAUAUUGAUUCUUGCUGACAACAUUUCAGCGACUAGUAUUCUCAGUUAUAUGAGCAGUACUCCAUUAUACACAGAUUCGUCAGAUACUGUUGAGACUGACAACAUCAGUGAUGGUCAUCAAUUAUUGCAUGAUUUAUCCGAGGAUUUCCGGUUGCCACAUACAUUAUUUCCAUAUUUCUACGAUUUAUGGAUUCAAGUGCAUUUGCACGAUAACCAGUCUGAGGAAUUUUUCUUCAAUGGUUCUGUGUCAAUAAAACUAAACUGUCAAGUUUCGACAACCGAAUUCUUCGUGCAUGCAUACAAUAAUUUGAAAGUGAGCCUGGAUCAAAUCCAUAUGUUUUCCCUCGAUGAUCAAGAUCAAAAAAAUUCUACUGUCGAGAUAGAAGACAUAACUUACCACAAAUAUGCAGAGUGUUAUCAAAUACGACUACUAACGCCUUUACAACCAUACACUCACUACAUCCUGACAUUUGAACAGUUUCGUUCUGAUAUUAAAUUUGGCUCUGCUGGUUUGUUUCUUAGCCGAUAUGUGGAGAAUGGAACUAAUAAAUAUUUAGCGAGUACUCAAUUUGAAGAAACGCUUGCGAGGCGCGUAUUUCCUUGUUGGGAUGAACCGGAAUUCAAAGCACAAUUCAAGGUCAACAUUAUACGCCACGAUACAUUUCAUUCGCUUUCAAACAUGAAUUUGGAAAGGACGGAAGUGUUGCACGAUGAUUGGCGUAUGGACGUUUACAACAUCAGUGUGAUAAUGCCCACAUAUCUAUUGGCGUUCGUUGUCUCACAAUUUUCAAAUAUUCAGAAGACAGACAAUCAAGGAAGAAACUUUACUGUUUGGGCAAGACCAGAUAAAAUUGAGUCAGCUGAAUAUGCACUUGAUAUUGGAAUAAAAGUAUUGGAGUAUUUCGAAGAUUAUUUUGGAAUCCCUUAUUCACUUCCGAAAAUGGAUAUGAUUGCAGUUCCCAACACCUCCGAAGUGGCAAUGGAAAACUGGGGUCUGAUAACUUUCAGUGAACCUUCAAUGUUAUGGAGUCCGAAAGUUGAUUCAUUAGGAUCCAAAAUUGAUGUGGCUUUGACCGUUUCACAUGAACUUGCUCAUCAGUGGUUCGGAAAUUUAGUAACCAUGAAAUGGUGGGAUAAUUUGUGGUUGAAUGAAGGCUUUGCAACUUUCUUCGAAUAUAUCGGAGUAAAUUCAAUACAUCCUGACUGGAAUAUAGAUAAACUACGGUUGGUGUUCGAACUGUAUGGUGCACUUGGUAUUGACGCUUCUUCGAAAUCACGCCCAGUUAUUUAUUAUGAUAUAAAUGAAAAUGAAUUCCUGGAUGAAGUGAUUAUUUACGAUAAGGGUGCCUCCUUGAUUCAAAUGAUGGAGAUGUUCAUGGGACACAGAGUGCUUAAAGACGGCCUGAAAAAAUACUUAUUUGAAAACCAAUAUAAGAACACAGAUGAAAAGGACUUAUGGAAGGCAUUAUCCGAAGAAUGGAAAUCCGAAAAUAACCAUCCCGACAUCGAUUUCAUUAUGGAUUCUUGGACCAAGCAAAUGAAUUAUCCACUCGUAGUUGUUCAGCGAAAUCAGUCUAAUGUAUUCCAUUUCGAACAGUCACGUUAUCUUCAACUUCAUGAUGUCGAUGCUUCUCCAGCAUAUGAAGAAUACACCUGGAUAAUACCAAUAACUUACGGGUCAGCGAAAACGGUGAACUGGACAGACGUUGAAGUUUUGUGGAUGGUAAACAGUACAAUGAUUCAAACGAUGAACAUUGAUUCGGAUGACUGGUACUUGGUGAAUGUUAAACAAGCAGGAUUUUAUCGAGUUCACUAUGCUGACAACAACUGGUUACGAUUGAUAGAUCAACUGCAAGAGAACUCCAGUGUAUGUUUAAACUAUUUCUGUUUCUGUAAAUUGGAAACUAUUAUUUCUUUUAAAUAUUUUGUAUAUGAUAUUUUUAUUAUUCAAAUCAAUGCAGAAGAAGCUAUUCCAGAUUACUUACGCUGGCAAAUCAUGAAUGAUCUAUUCAGCCUUGCAAAUCGUGGCACUGUACCAUAUAUCUAUUUCCUGAAUGCAACAAAGUAUUUGAAACACGAAGAUCAGUUCAUCGUAUGGAAAACAGCAAGCCGAGCAUUACUUUACAUUAACAGUAUGCUUGUUCUAAAUGAGAAUUACGGAGUUUUCCAGGCAUACUUACGGACUCUUCUUGACAGUCAUAUUCAAUCAGUAAGCUGGUCAUCUGUUAACGAAAGUCAAAACCUUGAAAACAUGCUUCUUGACACUACAUUGGCUAGACUCGCCUGCAAAGCAGAACCCCAAAUUUUUGUCGACAAAACUGGAGAACUCUUCCGACUGUGGAUGUCAAAACCAGAAGAAAAUCCCAUACCACAUGGUUUACGAUUCGCCACUUAUUGUAUGGCUAUUCAUUUUGGUGGUCAAAGAGAAUGGACGUUUUUAAAAAGGCAACUGUUGGUGAACGAUAAUUCGAAAACAGAAGAAGAGAUUGAAAACAUAAUUCGGGCAUUGACGUGUUCUCGUGACAUAUGGGUUAUGAAAGGGUACUUGAGCUGGUUAAGAGAAAAGAGAGAAUUCUGGAAACAUCUUGUCUACUUCACUGAAUCUCCGGUCGGCAAUAUACUUUUGUGGGACUAUCUUAGUGAAACGAGUAAUUUAACGAAACAUCAAGAUUUCAAAAAAUCUAUACUAGACGCCCUAAAGAAACAUCCUUACGCAGCGUAUAAUGAGUUGGGUCAAGAAAAGGAGCUUACGAGACAAGCUGACAAUCAGACAGAUGUUGAACUGAAAGAAAAGAUCAAUGAUUUACUUCAGAAAUACAAACAGAACGUGAAGUGGACUGAGAGCUAUUCUCAAGUUGUUAUUCAGUGGUUGAAUGAAAACGUUCCACUGAAUAACGAAUAG